UUUUGCCCGGCGGAACGUGCAAUAGUUUGCGGUCUCGAAAAUAUUUCGAGUCACAACACCUGCGGGCUUUUUCUGAGGAGCAAUUUUCUGUUUUCAUUGUGAUCAAAGUUAUAGAAAAUCAUGUUGGAAUUACAAUACAAACCUGUACACGGAAUAAUCGACUACCAUUGCUGGCCGUAUUCGAAAUAUGUUUCAGUUGACGUGCCCGAUUAUAAAAUAACGAAGCCCUUGGACUAUUAUGAUAGCUGGCCCGAUUAUUGGUACAUUUAUACUCCGCUUAAGCCCUUCAGAAGGUACCUUAAUAAUUUGCUUUUGAGAGAUUUACGAUUACGCCAGAAGCAAUACGUUCACACUUAUUGGUAACGAAAAUACGAAUGUUUUAUUUCAUUUUAUGAAUAAAUUAUUUUUGUAAAAUUGAUCAUAUUGUUGUGGGAUUUUUCUUUUAAUGAUUAUGAACAAAUUCUACAAAUAAGGUCAAUUAAUA